GCGUCCAGUCUGCUCCGCCACUAGUAGUAGCAGAAGAAGGGAGUGUGUCCGGUCACAGUGUGGCGUGAAGUCUAGCGCUGUUUGGCACUACGAAUGAUCAGAUACACACGGGCACACUUCGAGAACACAAGAUGAUGAAGCAGUAACCUGUAUUUCACGGCAUAGACCCCACAGUUACAGUUUUGUACUAGUGUUAGCCGACUACGUUGUUAUGUUUUCGGUCGGGAAAGCCAGCAAUAACGAAAGUGUACGGUGUUGUCACUCUUCAACCUCUUGUGUCUACCUGCGUCAGUGAUGCGUUUCAACGAGAAAGAGCUGGUGUCUCUGAGCCGCCAGCCUUCAGAGAUGGCAGCAGAAAUGGGCAUGCGAGGACCUAAGAAAGGAGAUGUUCUAAAGAAGAGGCUAGUGAAACUUGUCGUUAACUUCCUGUUUUACUUCCGGACUGAUGAGGAAGAGCCAAUUGGAGCUUUGUUGUUGGAGCAGUGUCGAGUACAGAAAGAGGACAACCAGAGCUUUUCCAUCGCAUAUAUGGAUGAAGCAGAGAGGAAGUAUUUGUUCGAGUGCGGCUCUGAAGAGCAGUGUCAGAAGUGGAUAGACUCCAUUGUCAAGGCCAGCUACGAGUUCAUGAGAAAGAACCUCAUAUACUAUCGAACUGAAAUCCACAGGCUCACAGGCAAGGACCCCUUGGAGCAGUAUGGUAUAUCAGAAGAAACUCGCUUUCAGGUCACCAAUGGGAUGCAAUUUAUGCCAAGAGACACCUCCUCCCUGUAGACCUGCCAUUCCAGUGUGCACUCCACACUGGUUUGAAAGCUGUGGCAAUACCAGUCACACUCUGCAUGUUUAGUUUUUCACUGCUUUGAAUGUAUUCAGUGUAGCUGUAACUUAUAUACAGGAGAUAGAGCAGGAUAACUGAGGCCAUGAUAAGUGAUCAUUCUGAUUUUAUUUUUAUCUAUUUUAUAGAUAGUCAUUACAGGUAACAUGGGUUUGUGGAGAAAACAACAGUCUUAUUUUAGUUUAGGGGAUUUUAGAUGCCAUUUUCUGUAUUAUUUUCAAACUUUGCCUUGAUUAAUUGUCUGUGCAAAAUUGUACUUGUGCUGUGACUUUUUCUGGAAUAUUACUGUAGUAAUACAGUAUAAGCAUGAGUCUGCAGAACAUAUGAACAUUUGUUGUGAACUGUCCUGACUUGUAUGGUAUGGUGUCUUUGUUCUGCUCAGUUAAGCCAUACAUUUUACUCAAUUUUUGCUCAUCAGAAAGAUUUUUAGCUAUUCCAGUAUGUAUUUAUCAUCUACCCAUUUAGAGUGUUUAGUUAAAACAAUACUUUUGCACAUAUUCCUUAAUUGAUUGAGAUUUUAAAAAAACAAACAAACCUUUUCUUAGAAUUUUACCUAUUUAUUUGAACCUACUGUACCUUUUCUGCUGCACUUUGAAUCAGAUUCUUUUAGUUAAGCUGUUGGACCAUGCUGGGAAACCAAUCUCUUGGCUUUAUUUUUAAAAUAUCACACUAAUGGUGUUUUAAAUUGUAACAGUAAAAUUUAACUACAG